AUGCUGCAACAAAUUCACCACUCAACGACGAAUGCCUCAACCACUUCUCAAGAAUCAUCAGGACAGGCCGUUGAUGGAUCAGGUUUGAAUGAGAAUGGAGGAAUGAAUCAAUCGGAACAGCAGGUCAUUGAAGCACCGAAUAGUAUACGACCUCAACCUGCUAAACCAAGAACCAUGUCCUACCGACAACAGCUCUAUCAAAAACAAGCCAUUUUGAACAGUCUCACUUCUCCUCAAAAACAACAACCAAUGGCCUCUAAUCUUUUGAAGAGAGUUCAUCAAAAUUCAUUUCGGAAUCGAAGUGCAAGUGCUUCAUCAAAUGAAGCCCCACCUUCCGAGAGAUUUGUGCAUUCACCUUCAGGAAGAACCUAUUCCACCGAUUCAUUAUUUAAUGAUGCCACUAAUUCACCACAACAAUUGCAUUCAGAUGAAUACUUUCCUGGCAAUUCAAUGUCGGAAAGUCCAGUUCAAAAUUCUUCCGCGAUUCUUCAAACUGCUCCCUCAAGCUUAAAUCUGUCGAGAAAUAAUUCAAGACCAAUCGUUACGGGUGCAAACAGUGACUCAUUUCUCAACAACACAAAUUCUCUUGUUGAGGAUUCUUUUUCUUCUGAUGGAAAUGCAAAUAUUAAUUCAAAGUCAAGGUUAAACUCAAAUAGAAAUCUUUAUGACGCUCAACUUCCAAAGAUUGUUUCAACUUCCCAAAUGUAUAAUGACUCUUUCAGCUCUGAAAAUAGUGCACGAGAGUCUUUACCAAAUCUUGUGACGCCAGUCUCAAAAAAUCUUGGCAGUUUUUGUAUAGAUGAAGCAGAUUUUUAUAAUGGAAAAAUUAGAUUUGAACAUUUCAGCGAGAUUAUUAAACAGCUCGAUGACAUUAAGGGAAAAUUUGAUGAUCGUGUCAAUGACCUAACGCUUGGAAUUACUUUCUUUGAGAAAAACUUGAGCUCAGAGCAAGAGAAAUGUAGGGAGUCGUUGGUGAAAGGGUUUGUGUCACUCAUCAAGAAUCUAGCACAAGAUAAAAUUCCUGAGGUUUAUCUUCGAUCGGUUCCAAAAUUUGGAGGCAGCCCUGCAAUGGUAUCUCUGCACAAAGCAUUACUCGAGCUAAGACGAGCAACUACCUCUACCAAUCCACAACAAGCAUUGAUUAUCAAAUUAGAUUCAGAGGUUGCCGCCGAAAUUGAAGAAAUCACUGAAAAAACAAUCGAUGAAGUAAUCCAUGAUUUUAGCGGAAGUUUAGCAACAGCAAACGAAAGAAUUGCAAGAGGAGUGAAAACUAUGAAACAAACAAAUGCUCAACUAGAAACAAUGCUUCACGACUUGAAGUCUGAAAACUUAUUCUUGUUGGAGAAAAUUAAUUAUUUGGAAGGAGUGAAUUUAAUGCAACAGGAAGAAAUUGAUACUUUGAAAAUUGAAAUGUCGAAAAGAGCAGCUGAAAUGGAUAUCAUCAAAGAGCAGGUUGCAAGACGGGAUCGUCUUUUGGAUGAGCAACGUUCAAAUUAUCUCAACGAACUAGUUCAACUGCAAAUGAAACUUUUCGAAAAUAGUAAGCUCAACAAUAACAAAGGAGGUUUACGUCCACCAAGUUCCACCAACUUUACCACCAAAGACAAUAUCAGAGCUCCCUCUCCUAUAAAUAAUUUUACAUCCUCCUAUGAUGAGGCUGAAAAAUCUCAUCAGUCUGAUUUAGAGUUGAACAAACUGGUCAAACAACAUCAAAAAGAACUCGAAAAGAUGAUUGAUGAGCGUUUUGAAGCAUUUAAAUUGCAAUAUUUGAAAGAAAAGAAAAAAUCUGAAAGAGAGCACAAGGAAGAAUUGGAAAUUAAGGAAGUUGAAAUUAACAAAUUGAAGAAAACCAUCAACAAUUUGGAACGAAAUUUAAGAGAAAUGACAUUGGCCCAAGAAAAUAGUUUUCACCAUAUGGAUGGAAGUUUGAUGGUCUCUGAAGAGGCCCUUCAGAGAGGAUACUUGACAGAAGAAGAAACCGAUACUGACGAAGAGGAUCAAGAAGAUUAA